GGGGAAGGAAGUAGAUAUGUAUUAAAAAUUUAAAACAAAGAUUCGCAAUGGUUUUCCAGAUAUUUACCGUACAACAUUAGCUGUGCUGUUCCCGGACGCCAUCUCCGCCUCUCUUCCUUGCACCCCCCAGGUUUCCCCUUGCCUUCAAAUUAGAAACGAAAAAAUUGGAAGAAACGUGAUUAGGGUUUUACUUGAGAGGUUGCUUCCUUUGGAAUACCCCUUCCACGUUCUUCGAAAGAAACCCUGUUUUUGUUCUCCUUUUGAUCGCAUCGACGCGGCUUUGGUAGGGGAUUUUUCGGAUAUUUUUCGUUGAUCGAUCGAGGCCGGGAAGAAAUAGUCUCUUCCCGUUCCGGAAUCACAUUCGGAGGUCUCGGAAUCAUCGAAAGGUGCGAUCCUGCGGCCUUUCUUGAUGUGAUUUUAGGGCUUCCGGUGGGAAAUUCUGGCUUCAUCGACUUUUUCUUGGGGAAUUUUUGUGGAAAGUUUGCCUUUUGGGUUGGUUUUUCUUAUUGGGGUUGAGGGGAUCUAGGGUUCUGGGUCGGGAAUUGGCUGUUUCGGGUUUUUCUGUGCAGGACUUGGAAAAAGAUUGGAUUUUUGGCGGUGGGUUCGGCUCGCUAGGGUUCCGGUGUUGGGGGAGGCGAGGGGCGAGGGAGAAAGAUGAGCUCUGGUUCGACGGUCACCACCACCACGGAUGAUUUCGUCCUCGGGAGGAAGCUUCUGGUCCACGUUGCCGAGAACGGUCACAGCUUUGAGUACGAGUGCGACGGCUCCACCCUCGUCGAGGACAUCCAGCGCUCGAUCGAGGCCCUCUGUGGCGUCCGCUUCUCCGACCAGCUCCUCCUCUGCCACAAGACCUCGCUCGACUCGCAGCAGCCGCUAUCGUACUACAAGCUGCCGCAGGAUGAUCGCGAGGUCUUCCUCUACAACAAGGCCAGGCUCCACGCCAACUCCCUUUGCCCGCCUCCUGAGGCCAUUGAUGUCCCCGAGGCCGCCAUCCCUCCUCCAUCUCCAACUCAGGAGACCCACCCUUUGGAUAACGCCGCAGAUCCUGCCCUUAAGGCAUUGAUUUCCUACGAGCGGCAGUUCCGCCACCACUUCCAGCUUGCCAAUGCGGUGUAUGGAUGCACCCUGGCAAAGUUUGAGGUCUGUAAGAGGUUAUUAAGGGAGCAGCAGGUGCAGUUGAGGGCAUUGGAGACUGCCCGGGCCAAUCUGGAUCAUACGUAUCGGAAGCUGCAGCAGAGGUAUACAGAAUUCAUUAGGUGUUUCUCACAGCAGCACCGGAGCCACUCAGACCUCUUGGCUAAUUUUGAGAGGGAUGUGGAGAGACUUGGGAUGCAGAAGCUCCAUCCAAGUCUUCAGUCUGAGGUUCGCAAGUGUUUGCUUGAUCUUGUGAAGGAGGAUGACCUGCGGAAGUGGGCGGAUAUCUGCUUGAACUCCCAUCGGCAGUUUGAGGCUAAGGUUUCACAGCUAAAGACGAACUUCUGGGAGCUGAAGAGAGGGGUGGAGGAUCUGUUCUCCAUUAUGGAUUCAGCUGCUUGCAAAGAUUUAGAACUAGUGAUAAGAGACCACCAAAGGAUCCUUAAUGACCAGAAAAGUACAAUGCAGUCUUUGAGUAAGGAUGUCAACACUGCAAUGAAACUAGUGGAUGAUUCAUCAAACCGCCAGCUGUCUCCAUCACUUCGUCCUCAUGAUGCAGUUUCAGCUCUUGGUCGUAUAUAUGAUGUCCAUGAGAAAAGUCAUCUUUCAAAUGUGCAGAAUUGUGAUCAUACAAUAUCAAAGUUACUAGAUAAAUGUAAGGCUAAGAAAAAUGAUAUGAAUCUGUUAGUGCAUAUUAGCAUGCAAAAGGUCAAAUCUGUCCAGACCAGCAUCAAGGACAUGAUGAAUGAGUUACAUGCAUUCCAAGAGGUCAUGGGACAUCAAGAGAAGGAAUUUGAGAAUCUAAAAUUUGUUAAUGGAAUCAGUCAGGCAUAUAGGGCUUGCCUUGCUGAAGUAGCCAGGAGAAAAUCUUCAUCAAAGUUGUACAUGGGUCUAGCUGGACAGUUGGCUGAAAGGCUUGCAACUGAGAGGGAGUCUGAGAUAAGAAGACGAGAGGGGUUCCUCAGAACAUGGAGUAAGUACAUACCACAUGAUAUUUUAGCAUCCAUGGGAUUGUUUGAUUCUCCAAGUCAGUGUGAUGUUCAUGUAGCUCCUUUCGAUACAAGUUUGCUGGAAAUUGAUGUUGUUGAUGUGAAUCGGUUUGCUCCUCAGUUUUCUAAAUCUGAGAGGAAUGGAGUACCAAAAGGUUGCUUAGGCAUGCCUAGUGAUGGCUGUAACGUGGCUAAAUCCCAAGAAAGUCCAGUGCAUACUGGUGAGAGAAUUGACUUUCAAGAAUUUCUUGAGGGUUGUGAGUCAGUAGAUAUUGCAGGAACAAGCAAGAUGGAAGUUGAGAAUGCAUGGUUAAAAGCUGAACUUGCUUCUGCUAUUGCAUUAAUCUGUAAUUUCAGUGCAGAAAUUGGUUAUGACUCCAUAAAUGAAGGUCAAAUGGAUGAUAUGUUGAAAACCGUACAGGAGAAGACAACUGAAGCUCUGCACUGCAAGGAUGAGUAUGCCAAGCAUCUUCAUUCAUUGCUAAACUUGAAGCAGCAGCAGUGUUUGUCUUAUGAAAAACGCAUCCAAGAGCUUGAGCAUAGAUUGUCGGAUCAGUAUUUGCAAGGACAGAAGCUUUCAGCCUGUAAAGAUGCCUCUGAUUCCAUCCUUUUGGCUAUAAAGACUGAUGACUACAAGUCAGAAAUAUAUGGAGAUGGGGAUGCUCAUAUGCCUUACAUAUCAAGCAUGCCUAUGGAUGAGGUUUCUUGUACUUCUGCGUCAAUGGACCCAAAACUUGAUCAGAUUACCGGACAAGUGAGCAAACCUGGUGAAGGUGGAGAUGAAAAUAUGGCAGAUAUUCUGGGCACACUAAAUAUGCAGUCAGUGGAUUCUGAACGUGCUAUGGAUGCAUCAAUGCAGGAACCACUUCGUGAUGAACAUCAAGUUGGUGAUAUUGACAGGGAAGUGAAAAUGAUGAUGCCGCAAUUGAUUGUGACAAAUGAUUCUUCAGAUGUCAGCUCAGGGGUACCUCUGGACAUGUUACCUUGUGGAGCAGCUGCUGAACCAAGUAUAGAGUCAAAAUCUAGAGGUAGCCAUGUACUGGACCUGCAAAAUGCCCUGGCAGAAAAGUCAAACAAGUUGAAUGAAAUGGAAAACAAACUCAAAGGUGUUAUGGAGGAGGUCAACUCUCUUAGAAGGGAAAUGGAAAUCAGCCGAAAUCUUCUUGAUGAAUCUCAGAUGAACUGUGCACAUUUGGAAAAUUGCCUGCAUGAAGCAAGAGAGGAAGCUCAUACUAAUCAAUGUGCUGCUGAUAGAAGGGCCUCAGAAUAUAAUGCUUUGCGUACCACUGCUGUAAAAAUGCGUAGUUUAUUUGAAAGGUUUCGUAACUGUGUAACUGCUUCAGGUGUUGCUAGUUUUGCAGAUGCAUUGCAUUCUUUAGCUCUUUCUUUGACCAGUUCUGUAAAUGAGGAUGAAGAUGAUGGUACUGCAGAGUUCCAAGCAUGCAUCAACAUCCUUGCAGAGAAAGUUGGUGUUCUAUCUCGACAUCAACAGGAUCUCCCAGAGUGUUGCACUAGAGCGGAAGCUGGGCAUCUUGUAAGGGAAUUGGAAGAAAAGAAAGAGUUGAUUAGAAGCUUAUAUACUAAACUUCAGCUAGAGAAACAGGCAAAUAAGGAGAAGAUAUCUCUUGGUCGUUUUGAAGUUCACGAGCUUGCUGCCUUUGUUCUUAACUCUGCUGGGCAUUAUGAAGCAAUCAAUCGCAAUUGUUCAAAUUACUUUCUUUCUGAAGAAUCUAUUGCUCUGUUCACAGAACAACGUCCAAGGAGACCAACAUACAUAAUUGGACAGAUUGUGCACAUUGAGCGGCGAAUUGUGAGGCCCCCGGUAUCCAUGCGGACUGAGCAUGGUGAUCAAGUAGAAUCUUUGAGUUCUGACAACAGCAACCGGCGGUCUCCAGGAUCAGGGGCUACCUCAAAUCCAUACAAUCUUCCCGUUGGUUGUGAAUAUUUCAUAGUGACAGUUGCCAUCCUACCUGAUGCCAUUCGUUCAAAUCUUUCCUGAUCCUGCCUGUGGCUGAAAUGAAGGGAGAUUAAACUGUACAUAUAUGAAUAGAACUUGGUGGGUGGUAUUUUGUACAUGUGAUUGAUUUUACUCUUUUAUUUGUAUAUAGCCAACUAUCUGAUGUUCUUAGACUCUGAAUAUUCUUGAAAUCCCUUGAAAGCCUUCCAGAGCGCCAAUGAACUCUCAGAAAAGAAAAGUUCGUGAUAUUAUGUUUCUCCA